AUGUCAAUUCUUUCUAAGUCUACCAAGACCAUCAAGUUAAACUCCGGCUACUCUAUUCCAGUUAUUGGUUUAGGUACCUGGCAAGCAACCGAAAAGGGUGCAGCUGCCAAUGCCGUCAAGGUCGCACUCCAAAACGGAUACAGACACAUUGACACUGCUGCUAUCUAUGGAAAUGAAGAAGAAGUUGGUCAAGGUAUCAAGGAAUCUGGUAUUCCAAGAUCAGAAAUUUUCGUCACAACCAAGCUUUGGAACAAGGACCAAAGAACUGCAGAAGACGCUUUAACCACUUCCUUAAAGAAGUUGGGAUUGGACUAUGUUGAUCUUUACUUGAUCCACUGGCCAAUUCCAUUAAAGCAAGAUGGUUCUGUUGACACCGAAUGGGAUGUCAACAGCACUUACAAGUCAUUGCAAAAAUUAGUUGCUGCCGGUAAGACCAAGUCCAUUGGUGUAUCCAACUUCAACAAGCAACAAUUGGAAAGAUUAUUGGCUGACCCAGAAGUUACCAUCACCCCAGCUGUUAACCAAAUUGAAGGACACCCAUUGUUACCUCAACCAGAAUUGUUCGACUACUUGACCAAGAAUGGUAUCCAUGCUGAGUACUACUCACCAUUGGGAUCUACUGGUGCACCAUUGUUCAAGUAUGAACUCGUCACCUCUCUUGCAAAGAAGUACAACGCCGAACCAGCUCAGAUCUUGAUUUCCUGGGCUGUUCAGAAGGGUGCUAUCGUUUUACCAAAGUCUGUCACCUCAUCCAGAGUCAUAGAUAACUUGUCUACUUUGACCUUGUCCGAUGAAGACUUCAAGGCAUUGAGCACUUUAGUUGACAACGAAGGUGUUGUCAGAAAUGUCAACCCAAACUGGGGAGGUCCAGUUUUCCCAUAG